CACCGACUGAUCUGCAACAACAUGUCUCUGCCCAAGCGGAGGAAGAUCCGGACUCUGGCCCUCCUGCUCUGCGCCAUCACGUUCACCACCUUCCUGUUCAGCUACACCCUGCGGGACCCCUCCAUCUACUUCUUCAAGUACGCCUUCCGCCUGUCCGACAACCUCUUCUCCAAGGGGCCGUGCGCCUGCCGCCGGUGCAUCGCCGAGCUGGACGACGAGCCGUGGUUCGCCGAGCGCUUCAACCAGUCCAUCCACCCGCUGAUGACCCGCGAGAACAGCGUCCUCUCCGACGACACCUUCAAGUGGUGGCAGUGGCUGCAGUCAGAGCGGCAGCCGGCCAACUUCACUGAGGUGGUGGAGGAGCUGUUCCAAGUCAUCCCCGACGAGGUGCUUUACAUGGACGCCGGCCCCGAGCGCUGCAGGACCUGCUCCGUGGUGGGCAACUCCGGCAACCUGAAGGGGUCUCGCUACGGCGGCGCCAUCGACUCCAGCGACUUCAUCAUCAGAAUGAACCAAGCUCCCACCUCUGGCUUCGAGGAGGACGUGGGCGCCAGGACCACGCAUCACGUCAUGUACCCAGAGAGCGCCAUCGACCUGGACAACACCACCAGUCUGGUGCUGAUCCCCUUCAAGACUCUGGACCUGCAGUGGAUCAUCAGCGCUCUGACCACUGGCACCAUCACACAAACAUAUUUGCCAGUCACAGCCAGGAUAAAGGCAAACAAAGAUAAGGUGCUGAUUUACAGUCCAGCCUUUUUCAAGUACGUGUACGAGUCUUGGCUGGAGGGUCACGGACGGUAUCCCUCCACCGGAUUCCUCAGCCUGCUGCUCGCCAUCCACAUCUGCGACGAGGUCAGCGUCUUCGGAUUCGGGGCGGACCAGUACGGCAACUGGCACCACUACUGGGAGGAGAACCACCUGGCCGGGGCCUUCAGGCACACGGGCGUCCACGACGGGGACUACGAGUACAACGUCACCCUGCUGCUGGCGGACAAGCACAAAAUCCGGAUGUUUAAAGGCAGAUGAUAGCGAGCGCUCGCCUGACGAACCUCAUCCGCCUGUCAACCUUGAAAAAUAGGGUUCUUCUUUUUUAAUUCCCCCUGAUUUCCAAAGACACUUUUUCUUUUGAC